CGUAGAGGGCGUAAAAUUGGCGCAUAUUCCGUUGUUUGGUACAAACAAUUUUUCUCGUAAUUUUUAUGUUUUAUUGACAAACUACACAUUUCUGGUAAUUGAUUUUAUGCUGCUUUGCAAAGAUGCCUUUUGGAACGAAGCCCAGUUGUAUUGUCUGCAAAACAAUGAACUCUACAAUGUGGAGAAGAAAUGGUAUUCGCCAAAUACUGUGCAAUUCUUGUUUUCUAUCUCAACAACAGCAGGCAGAAUCCAACAAUGUCGAGAAGUCUCGAACAUCAAACAACAAACAAAAUAACAACGGUGGAAAAUCUCAGAACGGGAGGAAGUCUAAAGGCAAUCGAAAAUUACGUCAUAAACAGUCAUUUCACACAGCUACAAAAGGAAAAAGUCGACGAAUAAUAUUUAAGAGAAACCCAUUGAAGUCUCCUGCAUCGGUAUCUACUGUAGUUACUUCAAAUGGCAUUUUUUAUCAGGGUGUGUAUAUACAAGUAGGCGACAUCGUAUCAAUUCUGGAUGUUGAUGAAGGCAUCUAUUACGCACAAAUUCGAGGUUUACUGCAGGAUCAGUACUGCCAGAAGAGUGCUAUAAUUACUUGGUUGCUUCCAACACAGGCUUCAAACAAGGCUCAAUUUGACCCUUCAACAUAUAUACUAGGUCCAGACGAAGAUAUACCACGGUCAUUAGAAUAUAUGGAAUUUGUCUGCCAUUGUCCAUCUGAAUAUUUUAAACAAAAAGACUCUCCAUAUCCAGUUAUACCACCAAGAAAUGAUAAAAACUUUGUUUGGACAACUAUUGGUCCUAAGCAGCUGCCAACAGCCAAUCAAAUAUUUGGGUCAAAUCUGUGACCCUGUGCCUCAAAGGUUAGUUUUAGGUGCUUGGAAUUGAUGCCUGUGGCGAUGGGGAACUUUUUAAUUGCAUGACGACGGUAGAACUUAAAACAUUGUGACGUCACUAAGAAGUAAUCUGUGCAUUCAAGAACGUUGAGAUAUUAUUGUCGCCUGGAUUCUAGGAUGCUGGCCCGAAUCAACGGUGUGCAGAUGAGUGAAUUGGUUUCGUCAUCAUGCAAAUCAAAAGUUCCCUAAUGCUUAUUGCAGAUGUAGAAUCCAUCCAAAGAUUUACUAAGCAUGAAGCAGAUCCAGAGUAAAUAAUUUUGCAGAAAGACCAUCCCGAUGCAAAACAACGUAACUGAUAUUUUAGUCGAUUUUAAGAUAAUAUUUGGAAAUAUGAUAAACACUUCUGAAUUACCUGCGAAAAUUUCAGGUCUCAACAAUGAGUGGUUUUUAGAGAUAGCACCACUAAGCACAAAACUUGAAACCUUUUUUCCGUGGACAAUACCGCACUGACAUGUUUCCGAGGUAAAACAAUGUAUCUGUGAAUAUCGUUAACAACUUUGCAUAAUGUCUAUAGUACUGUAUAUAGCCAUACAAAAUUUCAGAAAAGUAUGACAAUUUAUUGCUAACUUUAAACUUUAACUUUAAUUUUUUUUUUUUUUAAUGAAAAUUUCAAAUUACAUUGUUUUGCCACGAAACGGCAGAGAAGCCGACAGAGAAAAUCAUUAUUAUAUGUUCUGUAAUAUAUUUAGGAUGGGAACAAUUUGUGAAAAAGCAUUUAUACCGUGGAAAAGAUUGAUUCAAGAAUUAAAUUUUUCAUUUGGUGCAGGAUUCCUGAUUGGGAGUGAGUGGGUUCCUACAGCAGGAAUGUCAUGUGAUCUUUAGUUGAUGAUGGCUUCAUUUGCUGGAUGCAAUAACUACAUAACUUUAAUAGGAUCUGUAAAAUGUGUAAGUUGUAGGUUACAGCAGGAACAUAAAAUAAGGCUUGCCAUCCCAAAACCAGUUUAGGUUGCUAAAUGUUAAACUGAGUAAUUAUCAUUUGUCGACUUCAUUACAGAGAAACCGUAAUACUUUUACUCACUUCGGUGCUAAGUAGACCUGUCAUUUUAAAGCUUAUAAUGUUGAGAAUAUGAAUAUAUUAAUUAAUCUAUUUUCUUGUAUUGGUCACUGAUGCUGCUUUUGUCAUAUAAACAAUUUUUCAAACAGUCCACAAACAGAUAAAUUAUAAUAUUUAUAUAUCCCACUGCCUGCCGUUGAUGAUGGUUUUAAAUAAAAGGAUGACCGCUAUUAUCUAGUUUUUUUUUGCCUCACAGCACAUUUGUUUUUUAAUUUUCUCAAUAAAAUUAGUUUUUUCUCUGUCUUAUGUCAUUGGACAGAACCACUUUAUUAAAUCAAUAAAUUUCCCCUAGUCUCCUUAAAAGUAUAUACUGUAGUUGAUAUAUACCCCUGUAGCUACAUGAAAAAUAAUAAUAAUAGUUUUCUUAUGUUGCCUGCUGUCCCAAAGCCAGCAUACUGUCGCAAAAAUGUUAAACUGAAUAAUUAGCACAAGAAUGUGACAGUACUGUAUAUUUUAGUACAGAAAAGCUGUAAUACUUUUACUCAUAACUGUGGAAAUAGUAAAGUCAUACAGUUUAUAGUGUGGAGAAUAUGAAUAUACAGUAUUACAAUUGUCUUGGUCACUGAUGUUGGUUUUGACAUGGCCAGCCCAUAGUGACCAUUUGAGGCUUUGCAGAGAUGUCAAGAUUGGACCGCAAUAGCUAAUCUUUGAGUUGAUGUUUUUGAAAAUAUGAGAGUAUCACCACUCUAGUAUUUAGGCCUAGACCUACAUGGAUACAUACAUAUUGCUUACAAAAUAUGCUUCGAUUUCAGUAGAUUUUCUAGGUGUUUUGCUUCAUGAAAGUUUAAAAAAAAAGUUUGAGGAUUAUUUAUUAUUUGCCCUUUUAAAAAUGUCAAUCUCUCAUAUAGUCUGGAAGCUUUUGUCUGCAAAUCAUUUACAAUUUUAUAAUAAAAUGUCAUAAUGAAUGUA